CCUGCGGUUAAUCAUGUUGCUUUACGUCAACGUCUUUUUCGCUCGGUUGUAUUUGACAAAUUCUUAGUCUUGUCCUCAUGGUGCUUAACAUCGGACGAAAAAAACCAUUCGGUUUUCUCCAGCGUUUGCCGGCUCUGUGGAGCCGAAGGCAACACUGCCACCUUCAGGUGGUUUUGGAGGCUGAUAUGCCGGAUGCAAUUACCCAUUAUAAUGGUUCGCGAUAAAGAACCCGAUCCUUUCGUCUGCAACGCCCCUUGCAGGCAGAUUUCGAGCCACUGCACCCAUCAGCUGAAAGAAGGAUCCAGACACGACCAUGGCAUUGAAUCCUAAUCGUGGCCAGAGCCCAGGUCCAGGAAGUGCCAGUAUCCCAAGCACUCCAAUCCAUUCGAUCCAGACGAUUCGUCGGCGCGUAGCUGGCCAUCAUGGUCCAUUGACAAAGAUUCUGGUUGCAAAUCGAGGCGAAAUCGCCAUCCGUGUGUUCCGAACUGCCCAUGAAUUGGCGAUGCACACCGUAGCUAUCUAUUCUAUUGAGGACAGACUAUCAGCCCAUCGUCAAAAGGCCGACGAAGCAUACCAGGUUGGUGCAGGAUUGACCCCUGUUGCUGCAUAUCUCGCGCAAGAAGACAUUAUAAGGAUUGCGCUCGAACAUGGAGUGGAUAUGAUCCAUCCAGGGUAUGGUUUCCUAAGUGAGAAUGCCAAUUUUGCUCGUCUGGUUGAGGAGGCCGGAAUAGUUUUCGUCGGUCCGUCACCCGAAGUCAUUGACAGCCUCGGAGACAAGACCAAGGCUCGGGCCAUUGCUGUUCAAAUUGGCGUACCCGUUGUUCCAGGUUCCCCAGGUCCGAUAGGAAAUGUGGAGGAAGGCUGGGCAUUUGUCGAAAAGCAUGGAUACCCAGUCAUUAUCAAGGCUGCCAUGGGAGGUGGGGGUCGCGGAAUGCGCGUCGUACGUGAGAAGAGCGAGUUCCCAGAUUCUUUCAGCAGAGCUGUCAGCGAAGCCAGGUCCGCAUUCGGAGAUGGAACCGUCUUUAUUGAACGUUUCCUGGAGCGUCCACGCCACAUCGAAGUUCAGCUCCUUGCUGAUGGGGAAGGGAACGUCGUGCAUCUCUUCGAGCGUGACUGUUCUGUUCAGCGAAGACAUCAGAAGGUAGUCGAAGUCGCUCCGGCCACACACCUUCCUGAACACACCCGCUCAGCCAUCCUGGCUGAUGCCAUUAAGCUGGCGAAGAGUGUUGCGUACAGAAACGCUGGUACUGCUGAAUUCCUCGUUGACCAACAGGGGCGUCAUUAUUUUAUUGAGAUCAACCCUCGUAUUCAAGUGGAACAUACCAUCACUGAGGAAAUCACCGGAAUCGACAUCGUUUCAGCCCAAAUUCAGAUCGCCGCCGGUGGGACCCUCCCCCAACUGGGCCUUACCCAAGACGCCAUCACUAAGCGAGGCUUUGCCAUCCAAUGUCGUGUCACCACAGAAGACCCUGCCACCAACUUCCAGCCUGACACUGGGAAGAUCGAGGUUUACCGCAGUGCAGGAGGAAACGGUGUCCGUCUUGACGCUAGUUCGGGGUUUGCUGGUGCGCAAAUAACUCCUCACUACGACAGCUUGCUGGUCAAGGUUUCCGUCAGCGGCACGACAUAUGAGAUAGCCCGCCGAAAGAUGCUGCGCGCUUUAGUGGAAUUCCGCAUUCGUGGUGUCAAGACCAAUAUUCCGUUCUUGUUCCGGCUACUCACCCAUGAUGUUUUCAUUCAUGGUAAAACCUGGACUACCUUCAUCGAUGACACUCCAGACUUGUUCAAACUAGUGCAAACUCAAAACCGCGCCCAGAAAUUAUUGGCUUAUCUUGGAGACCUUCUCGUUAAUGGCAGCAGUAUCAAAGGACAAUUGGGAGAACCCGCACUCACCGAUGAGGUUGUCAUUCCGAAAUUUGUCAAUCGCGAAGAUCCAAGUGGGCCACCACUUGAUGCCUCCUUCCCCUGUGAACAAGGGUGGCGGAGCAUUAUACUUGAGCACGGCCCGGCCGCUUUUGCUAAAGCCGUGCGCGAUUACCCCGGUGUGUUGAUCAUGGACACCACAUGGCGUGAUGCCCAUCAAUCCUUGCUUGCGACUCGAAUGAGGACGAUCGAUAUGGCCAAUAUUGCGAGAGAGACGAGCUAUGCUCUUGCAAAUGCCUACAGUUUGGAAUGCUGGGGAGGAGCGACAUUCGACGUUGCCAUGCGCUUCCUGUAUGAGGAUCCUUGGGACCGAUUGCGCGCUCUCCGAAAACUUGUUCCCAACAUUCCCUUCCAGGCUUUGAUUCGUGGUGCGAAUGCCGUUGGGUAUACUAGCUAUCCAGAUAAUGCCAUCUAUGACUUUUCCAAAAAAGCGGUUGACAACGGAUUGGACAUCUUCCGUAUCUUUGACGCUCUCAACUAUUUUGAAAACAUGAGGCUCGGUAUUGAUGCCGCAAAGAAGGCUGGUGGCGUGGUGGAAGCUGUUGUUUGCUACAGUGGCGACGUUGCCAAUCCGAAAAGGACUAAGUAUACUUUGGAGUACUAUUUGAACUUUGUUGAUCAGUUAGUGACCGAGGGAAUUCAUGUUCUCGGUAUCAAAGAUAUGGCAGGGCUGCUGAAGCCCAAGGCGGCGACCAUGCUCAUUGGGGCUAUUCGUGAGAAGUAUCCUGACCUCCCUAUCCACGUCCACUCUCACGACACCGCUGGUAUUGCUGUCUCAAGCAUGCUCGCCGCCGCCCAAGCAGGAGCAGACGUUGUUGACGUGGCUAUCGAUAGCAUGUCUGGUAUUACCUCCCAGCCGGCUAUGGGAGCCAUAUGCAACGCACUCGAGCACACUGGAGUUGGAACGGGUAUCAAAUAUGAGGAUAUUCAGGCACUUAACUUGUAUUGGAGUCAAGUGCGUCUACAGUACAGCUGCUUCGAGGCUCCGGUGCGCGCUUCCGACUCCAGUGUGUUCGAUCACGAAAUGCCUGGUGGACAAUACACCAAUCUCAUGUUCCAAGCAUCCCAGCUGGGACUCGGCACGAAAUGGAGUGAAAUUAAGAAGAGGUACAUCGAAGCCAACCAGCUGUGCGGGGAUAUCAUUAAGGUGACGCCAUCUUCCAAAGUCGUAGGCGACUUGGCUCAAUGGAUGGUGUCAAACUCAUACUCGAAAGAGGACGUCAUUGCGAAGGCCGAAACCCUUGACUUCCCUUCAUCCGUCGUCGAGUUUUUCCAGGGUUAUCUCGGACAGCCAGUUGGUGGCUUCCCUGAACCACUACGGACACAGAUUAUUCGCAACAAGCCUCGAAUCGACGGGCGCCCCGGAGCCACCAUGGCACCUAUUGAUUUCCGCAAAGUGAAAGGCGAUUUGCGUGCCAAGUUUGGAAAACAUAUCACGGAUACCGAUGUGACGUCGUACAUAAUGUUCCCCAAGGUGUUCGAAGAGUUCCAAGGAUUUGUCGGGAAAUACGGCGAUUUGAGUGUCGUCCCGACCCGCUUCUUCUUGUCCAAGCCAAAAGUUGGGGAAGAAAUGCACGUCUCUAUCGAAAAAGGAAAAAUGUUAAUCGUCAAGCUCCUGGCUAUUGGAGCCGUUGACGAGAACAAAGGGACUCGAGAUAUCUGGUUUGAGGUUAACGGGGAGUCUCGCGCAGUUGCAGUCGAGGAUCAUUCUGCUGCAAUCGAAACAGUUCGCCGCGAGAAAGCCACGGCAGACCCUGGCUCUGUUGGUGCACCAAUGGCGGGUGUGGUUGUUGAAGUCCGCGUGAAGGAAGGACAGCAAGUCAUGAAAGGCGACGUACUAUGCGUCCAGAGCGCUAUGAAGAUGGAGAGCGCUGUCUCUGCACCGGUCUCUGGCCAUGUCAAGCGAGUGCUAGUGAACGAGGGUGACAGCUUGAGCCAAGGAGACUUAGUAGUGGAGCUUUCACAGUAAAGCAGGUGCUACCGAGCCGUCGUCAUAUGAUUGUGCAACUUGUUAUGACGGAUCGUUUGUACACUAGUUCGAAUCUCCAAUGCCGUUCUUGACAAGGCAGCACUAUGUGUGGCUAGUGGUUGGCUCAGCUGCCAGUCAUCUACUCCAGUCGCUAUUCUGCUAGCGUCGCGCUCAGAGCUGUAUAUCCGAAGCAGUUCUAAUUUUGCUGUCGACUAAGGGGUUUCGAUUGAAGCAGAAACUCGAACCAAAUCGCUAGUAUCUAUGACGAAAAACGCCGAAUGUGUGUUUCAAGAAUAAUGUCUGCAUCGGCUCCGUAGAAUUGCAUCCUGGUUCUUUAU